AUGAAUGUUAGCAAGGUCCUGGUUCAAGUGGAUGGCAAAUUUAGGCUGGGAGAUGUUUUAGGCUCUGGCUCAUAUGCUGUCGUAUAUUCUGCAUGGAACAUCAUCAAUGAUGAUUGUGUUGCCCUCCAACUUGAAACCAUUGUUGACCACCCAUCUUCGUUAGCACGUGAAUACCACAUUUUGAAGCAACUUGAAGGCGGAAUUGGCAUCCCCUGCACCCUCUGGUUUGAUAGAGAGUCAGUGUAUCAUGCUCUGGCUCUUGAACUUCUUGGGCCAUCACUCUACCAACUCUUCCUCGCAAACAAUCAAAAAUUCAGCCUUCUCGAUGUUGUAAAUAUCGAAGAUCAGUUGCUCUCACGUCUCGAGUACAUCCACUCACAUAAUUAUGUUCAUGGUGACAUCAAACCACAGAACAUCUUGAUGGGUCUUGGAAAUUUGAAGCACACCGCCUUCAUCAUUGAUUUCGGUACCAUGAAGACAUACUGGAACACAAAAACCAGUGACCAUGUACCAUUUUGCUAUGGUCGAAGUCUCUCUGGUACUCCUGCAUUCACCUCAAUUAACAAUCACUUAGGAGUUGAGUCAGGUCAUCGUGACGAUCUUGAGUCGCUUAUCUACAUGUUAAUUUAUUUAUUGUGUGGCUUCCUUCUAUGGUUAACCAGUGACGAUGAGAAGUUGUCUGGUUCUACCAUACUCAAGCACAAAGCACACACUACCAUUGUGGAUAUAUGUCAAGACAUCCCCAUUGAGUUUGCAACUAUUCUAAUCUACAUGCACUCUCUUGCAUUCGCAGAAGAUCCCAACUACGAUCACCUUUGUUCUUUACUUCACAGGUCUUCAUGCCUCAUUACCUGCACCAGCCACAUCCAUGUUAGACUUUAG